GUGGUACUGCCCACAAUUCAUAACCUGCCGCUAAGGGCGCUGUUCCGAAUGCCAUACGCCACAUACAUAGGACGACUACACUGCCACCGUUUACUAUGUGUUGCGUUGCGGUCUCUAUAUUUGGAGACGCUAUUUCCGGCCCUCAUAGCUCCACGAACGAGUGCCCUGUGUGCCUUCGGAGCGCCAACAGUUCGGCAUCAUGGCCUCCUCUCUUGUGCAGUGAUAGCAAUGUAGUAAUAUCGUUGGUUAGCGGCAUUACUGUGUUUGUUACUCGGUGCGUGUCAGAUUUCUCUCUCCUGGUUUACCUCAGUGAAGAGCUCCUCCGUCCAUCGCUUUUAUUAGCUUACUAUAACAACGGACUACAUGAUAGUAGUGUCUCCCUAUGAGAUAUUCCACUUAUGCUCUCGUUAAGAAGUAAUUACAUUCAGUAGACCUAAUACGUAAACAUGUGCUUUGUAAGAGUUUGGUUGGUCAGCAUUUUAAGGUCUCAUUUUGCCGUAGGAUAGUACUCAAGGUGCAUUUGUGGAAAGUGGAGGUGUGAAUUAGCUUCUUGCAAUGUCGUAGAAGUUAUUUUCACAAUUAGGAGGACGUGACGACCACAGUAUAUAUAUGUUUGUUUUGUGUGACAAGAAGUCGCUGUCCCCUGAUGUCGUUAUACCUGUCAUGCUGCAGUUCACUCUCGAGCCCAGACGGCGGAAGAAGAAAAUUAGCAACGGCCUUCUACUCGCGCGGUGAAUUAUCAGUGACAAGCAGUAGACCUACAUUCCAAAUGAAGGAUUCGGACGUUUCUUACGCACUACAAGAUUAAAGCUACUUGAAAAGAUGAAGGAACGUAAAUGGUGGAACGGCGUUCCCCGCGUUCCGUCUCUGUGGUGGCGUUCAUCUUCUGUACCUCCCCGCCAGGAGUCUGACGAUCAGCCUGGGCAGCAUCGGACAAGCCCGAAGAUCCGAGAGGAACCUGUCGCCGAGGAAUGCAACAAGGCGCAGGCGCUGCCGGAGUCGCCCGACGGCGUGACGCCAGACGCUAUCUUACGCUACAGUAAGACGGACACAGAACCUCGGUGUUCCGACGAUGUUUUGGUGGCGAGAAGCGGCAGGCAUAGCCUGGACGCGUCGGAUCGCGUCACCGGAAAAGACUUGAGGAACUCAGUGCCUCGGGCAUUGUCGACUCCGCCUCGAAGGAGAAAGGAAUUUGUAUUGGAAGGAAUUCCAGAUAUCAGUUUCUCAUUCUUCAACGAUCAAGCGGUCCCCGUCACAUCAGCGAGUGAGGCGUGUCUGCAGACCACGGAGCAGUCUUCAAGACAUUCACCCAGUCGGGCGGAAGCACAAGUAAUGGACACUUUUGUGACUUCGACCGGCGUCUCUGCUGUCAUUGUUGGGGAAGACGUGAAGACGCCGAGUCAGGAAGGAGAUUACGAGGUCUUGAGAACAGUGAUUCCCGUAAAUUCGACUCCAGCGGACGCCGUGCAGAUCUCCAUGGUCGCUGUGUUAAGUCAGGAACAACAGAGCAAGAAGUCACCUAACAUUUCUUGCAUCAACAUAGUGUCCAUCAAUACGGCCGCUCAGCACGAGAAUCAAUAUGCGUCUCCAAGGAACUCAUCCUCCACUACCGAGGUUUCUGACCUUGUGCAGGAUACGUACACAGCUCCGCCCAGUCCUUCUUCCCCUCAUACUGUUCCUUCUUUCCAGGAUACAUCCUCCCCAUUGCCUGAUCAUUUUUCUUCUGAAUGUACUGUUCCUUCUUUUCAGAGCUCGCCCACUCCACAGCCCAACGUUUCCUCUAUUGAGUGUACUAGUCCCUAUUUCCAGGACUCGUCGAUUGAAAACCCUUCCUUGGAUGCACCCUCUCCUGACUGUGCCACCCCACCUUGUCAGGACACCCCUGCCGCCUCCACCAUCACGAUAUCACUUCCGCUGCAGUUGACGGAUCAGGCGGUCACGGGGUGCCAUGACUGGGAAACGAUCACGGACUACAGUGACUAUUAUGACAUAACGUCAGUGUGCACACAGCGGCGGAAGGCGAACAGCGACUAUGAGGAUGUGCAGCAGGGGCAGAACUACUGCACCCCACGAGGCCGCCGCGCUACCCUCAUGCGGGAUCGUCGCCGCGGGAUGGGCACCAUGAGGACUCGUAUCCGGCGAGCCUGGAGGGCGGUACGAGGGUGGUUGGGCGAGGAGAGGGUCCGUAUAGGGGGUGUGAUUCAGAGACAUGCCCAUGCACAGGCCGUGAGGAAGAGCGAAGACAUUCAGCAGGCUGAGGAAGAGGACUCGAGGGUCGUAGUAGUGAGGACGCGAGAAGGCAGCAGCAGACCAACCUCACGAACAGGACCGCGGCGGAGCAGACACUUCCCCGAGGGGCAGAACGGAUUUGAGGAACUGCGGCGUUACAUCAAGCAGGGCGGCGACUUCUGUAAGGACCUCAGCUCCAUAUUACAGGAGAGGUCAGAAGCAGAGACACAGUAUGCCAAGAGCCUGAGUAAGCUGUCUGGUAAGCUGCUGAAGGCCUCCAAGGACUCUGUGGGGACUGUGAACCAGGCCUGGCAGCGGGCAGGUGCACAGAUGGAGGCACAGAGCGAGAUUCACAGGGCAUUUGCGACAGCGCUGAGUGAAGAGGUGGUGAAACCAUUGCGACAGUUGGUGGAGGCCCAACACCGGAUCCGGAAAUCAGUGGAAGCAGCUGUAGACAAGACAGGCAAGAGUCUCAGCGAAUGGAGGUCAGCUGAAAGCAAAAGCAAGAAACAGAGCUUUCUGUGUGCCCGGGAGAAUGAGAAGUUGCAGGAUGCCAUGUUUGAUGUGAAGCUUGGGCGUGCCUCGUCCACCACGCACUUGCAUCUGACAGGGACAGGGCAGCAGCAGGCUGGCAAGGACAAGGAGAGUGCUAAGCUGGAAUCGAAACGUCGGAAAGCAGAGGAGGCCGUGAAGAAGGCAGAUGUGGAGUACUACACAUUCAGCAUGAGGGCAGAGCGAGCGAGAUUAGAGUGGGAGACAGCUGUGAUCCGUGGCAGUCACUGUUUCCAGGCGCUAGAAGAGGAGCGCUUGCAACAACUCAAGGACUUAGCGGCAUGCUAUCUCAAUCAUCUUCAGGAGAUGGGACCAAAAAUAGUUCAGGGUGUGGAGCGAUUGCGAGAACCAGUGCAGAGUUGUGAUGUAGCACGUGACAUCCAAACAGUUGUGUCCAUCAAGGGCACAGGUCAGCCCAUCCCUGAGCAGCUUCUACCAGACUUCUAUGCAGAACACAUCACUCUUGCCAUGAACAGGGAUCGCAGACGACAGGCACUGGUUAAGUUACUGCAAUUGAUACGACAAGACUUGGAUCGAGAGCGACGAGGCAAGCAGGGGGUUGAGAAUCUUGCGCGUGCCCUCCAACAGACACCUACGUUUGGUGCAGAAGACUCACAGCAAAACGUUACAGAAAAGUUGCAUCAUAUGCGGUCAAUGCUUACUUACUUGGAAGCAAUGCGGUACAAGGUUCAGAGUGCCCUAGCAGAACUGGAUGGGCGGGCAAGGGGUGGACACCCACUGGCUGCCCACAUACAAGUGACUCGGGACAGACAAGGUCUUCAGCAGAGUGUGCUCAAAGUCCCUCCAUGGGUGAGAGAGGAAUCCCUGGACAGGUUAGCUGGAGACUCCCCUGACUGGACAGACAGGGGUACAGCAGAUGGUAAUUCAGUGCAGCCAGACAGUGACUUUGAUGAGUUCUCCAGUCAGGGCAGUGAGAAGGAAUACCAGAGCAGUGUGCUGACCCAGUGCCCAGUCAUCUCUGAGUGCGCCAGUGCCCCAAGUGUGGGUGCCACUCCCAGCACUGGACAGUGUCGAGCCCUCUAUGAGUAUACAGCCAAUUUGUAUGACGAGCUGAACUUGCAACCAGGUGAUGUAAUCAAGAUUCAUGACAAGCAAGCAGAUGGCUGGUGGCUUGGGGAACUGAAUGGUGUUGUGGGCAUCUUCCCUGCAACAUAUGUACAAGAGAUGGACUGACAGCCUAGUGUCUCCCUUAAAUGUGUUCUGUCAUGAGGCAGAGGCUUUAGAAAUUCAAGAUCUGUAUCAUAUGAUUACUGAAGUAAGCCUGUCACUGGAGAGAUUGGAUUUUGGACAGCGUUGGCAGGUAGUUGGCAUUUUUUAAAGUGCCAUGUGCAUAGUUAGUUUGUAAGGAGUAACACGUGUUACUUUGCAGGUGAGGUGUGUUUUUCACUUCCCUUCCCUUGAGACCGAGCAUUUGUUCUGUCCAUGAACAUUUAGACGGAUGGAUGCAAACUGCUGCAGUGUGUUAGAACUGCUGUUGACAUAACCAUGUUGUAUGAUGUAACAUGUUAAUGGGUCAAUGUCUUGAAGCUCAAAGUGCCAACAUAUGGGAUCCAGUGGAUGAAGUUAUCACUUUGGAUUCAAAGUAUAGUAACAUUAAGCAAAUGUUGUCUUUUUCCCGUUAUAAUGGAUUUAUUUGAAGCCGUGUGUAAUAUAGUGACUGGAUGCAAUGCUAAUGAAUGGAAACACGUGUUUAGUUUGGACUUGUUCUGUUAAACUAUUUUGCUGUGGUUGAUAGAACUGUCAUGGUCUAUCAGUAGAUACGAAGAAAUCUGUUACUUUAAUGUACUCUAUCGUCUCAGAAUUGUAUACCAGGACGAUUGCGAAUGUCACAGGUUCAGUGGCAGGUACCACUCACUUAACACCACAAGCAUCAAAGUUAAGAAGUUAAAAGUGAAGACAUUUGGAGAUUAAACUGACAACAUUCAUUCUCUAAAACGUGCAAGUCUGGCAUUGACUUCAUGUGAUGGUAUGGAGUUACGGUAAACUCAUCAGAAUGUGUGUGCUGAAUUCAGAAUGAAAGGGAUGAACAUACCAUGUAUGGUGAAUGAAUGGUCAGAAAGUAAGUUUACAAGGUGUACAAUCUUGAAAUCAAAUGACCUAGUUUUAUUGUGCAGGCAUUGGAGGGAUAUGUUAGUCACCACUGGUGACGCCGCAUGUUGAUUCACCUUCCAAAUUAUUUGAACAUGGCUACUAAACUGAAACUGGAGUCAAUAAAAGGGACAUGAACUAUCUUGACAGGAAAUAUAAAAAGUCAUCACUGAUAUAAGUGUCUCAUUUUGUAUAGAUCAUGUCAGAAAGCACUAGGAUGACAAUAGUCACCUGGCAUUUUUCAUAUCAGGGAUUUAAUAAAAACCUUACUUCCUGACUGACCCUCA